AUGAUCUGUCAAUUGCAAGUUUGUAAUGCAACCAUGCACGUACCCCACUCCAAUUCACCAACAAUACGAAGUACAUUCUUCACCAAUCUCUCUUAUUUCGGUGUCUCCUUGGUCUCCUUUUCAAUUGUGGAGGGAGAAAGAUCCACAGAAUCGGCUUUGACCGGUGAGCGAAAAACGAAGAAGAAGCUUGCUUCAGCCUUCAAGGCUCCAGCUUCAAGCGUCGCACCAAAUUUUUCUGCCCUGCUGGUCAAAGAAAAUUUUCAUCUGGAGACAGACAGCCGCCGAACCGUGGAAGAAUUUGCGUGUCUUUCCCCUGAGUCAUUAAAGAUCAAGGAAGGACAUCCCCGAAUGUCUAUGAUCCAAUCGGAAGGUUUUGUCACGCCAUGUCUUUCGCUUUUUCUCGGUAGAAUUGAUCUUGUACGCAAAACAUCAGAUUUCUAG